GCCUUCUGUAGAAAACUCGUCUGUCUGGAUGCUCGGGGUGGCAGACCCAUCUCUUUGACCUCUGAAGCCUCAUCUCCCUAACCCAGGUGCAACGUUCAUCCCUCCAGCCGGGCUCAGCCAAGGCUAGAUAGAAGUGGACAUUGUUCCAGCAAUGGGCAUUGGUCGGAACCCCUCAACUAAGGCUAUGGAAUCCUCAAACUCAACCGAUGGGAAGUAUGAGGAGGAGACGAAGCACACAACCUUUUUCACCCUUCCGGUAGUUAUAAAUGGGGGAGCCGCGUCCACUGUUGAUCAGGAUACCGAAGACACAGAAUUAAUGGCUAUUUAUACAACUGAAAGUGGCAAUGCAGAAAAGAGCUCACUGGCAGAGACACUGGACAGCACCAGCAGUAUAGACCGGCAUCGGAUGGACAUGAUAUAUACAGUGGAGGAUGUACCGCCUUGGUAUCUCUGCAUUUUUCUUGGCUUACAGCACUACCUGACAUGCUUCAGUGGGACGGUGGCGGUGCCGUUCCUGCUCGUAGAAGCGAUGUGCGUUGGCUUUGACCAGUGGGCGACUAGUCAACUCAUUGGGACCAUUUUCUUCUGUGUAGGAAUCACUACUUUGCUUCAGACAACAUUUGGGUGCCGGUUACCCUUGUUCCAGGCAAGUGCUUUUGCUUUCCUUGCCCCAGCUCGUGCCAUCUUAUCCCUUGAGAAGUGGAAAUGUAAUGCUACAGAUAUAACGAUUUUGAACGGAACAGAACUACUUCACACAGAACACAUAUGGUACCCGAGGAUACGGGAGAUCCAAGGAGCCAUCAUCAUGUCCUCACUCAUUGAAGUGGUCAUUGGAUUUCUCGGCCUACCUGGAGCUCUGCUGAGAUAUAUUGGACCGCUGACGAUCACGCCCACAGUGUCUCUUAUCGGUCUAUCCGGGUUCCAGGCUGCUGGGGAAAGAGCUGGCAAACACUGGGGUAUCGCAAUGCUCACCAUCUUUCUGGUCCUGCUUUUCUCCCAGUACGCCAGGAAUGUCAAGCUGCCACUUCCCGUCUACAAGUCCAAGAAAGGAUGGACAGCAUACAAGUUUCAGCUCUUUAAAAUGUUCCCGAUUAUUAUGGCAAUCCUCGUGUCCUGGUUGCUGUGUUUUAUCUUUACUGUGACGGAUGUUUUUCCACCAGAUAAUACUAAAUAUGGGUUUUAUGCCCGUACCGAUGCCAGGAAAGGCGUUCUGGAUGUAGCCCCUUGGUUUAAAAUUCCCUAUCCAUUUCAGUGGGGUCUGCCCACUGUGUCCGCUGCUGGGGUCAUCGGAAUGCUGAGCGCUGUAGUAGCAAGCAUCAUUGAAUCUAUUGGUGAUUACUAUGCCUGUGCCCGCCUUUCCUGUGCCCCACCUCCUCCCAUCCAUGCUAUUAAUAGGGGGAUUUUCAUUGAAGGUCUCUCAUGUGUCCUGGAUGGGGUGUUUGGCACUGGAAAUGGAUCCACAUCGUCCAGUCCUAAUAUAGGAGUUUUGGGGAUAACCAAGGUUGCCAGUCGCAGGGUCAUCCAGUACGGUGCUGCCUUUAUGCUGUUGUUGGGCAUGAUUGGGAAGUUCAGUGCACUCUUUGCCUCUCUGCCAGAUCCUGUCCUUGGAGCUCUGUUUUGUACCCUGUUUGGAAUGAUCACUGCGGUGGGUCUUUCCAAUCUCCAGUUUGUGGAUCUGAACUCUUCUCGUAAUCUCUUUGUCCUUGGAUUUUCAAUAUUCUUUGGGUUGAUGCUACCCAGUUAUUUGAAGGAGAACCCAUUGGUCACAGGCAUUGUAGGGAUUGAUCAAAUAUUAAAUGUUCUGCUUACUACAGCCAUGUUUGUGGGAGGCUGCACAGCUUUUAUUUUGGACAACACUAUUCCCGGUACGGCAGAAGAAAGGGGCAUUAAGAAGUGGAAGCAGGGAGUGGGUAAAGGAGGAGCUGCUAUGGAAGGAAUGGAGUCAUACGACUUUCCUUUUGGUAUGAACUUUCUGCGCAAGCACAAGUGUUUCAGUUACCUUCCUAUUAGUCCCACAUUUACGGGAUAUCAUUGGAAGGCUCUACGGAAGAAAUGCAAAAGUCGUCCAGGAGAGGAGGAAUUGGAGCCUACAGUAUAGCCCCAGCCUCUCAAUCCAACUUCACAUCUUGGAAUACGUCUUUGCUAACUCUUGCCAGGUUUACCCAGCCUCGAAUCAGACGAUUUGUUAAGUAUUUUCUGUAGAUUUACAUAGAAUGAUUCCAGGGCUGAGACACAGGAUGUACUGUGGGCUUACUCACCCGUAUCAGCUCUUUGUUAUUAUUGUGCCUCUGAUGCAGUGUUGUCCUCUUCCCCCGUCUCCUCUUCCCUCCUACUACUGCUAUUCUUACAAGCAAUAUGUGUUCUGCCUGUUUCCCAUAAUCCUCUCCCUCACGACCUCUUGUUCUUGGAUUCUGCAUGGCCGGCUCUUUCCGCACCGUAGCAAUGAACUCAGCACUGACUGAUUAAACGGGUACAGUGCCAGCAGCAGGCACAAUUUGGUUGUCCCCCUCUGUCUCAGCUCUGCAUUACGUGAUCCUUUUGGCCCUCGGUUUCCACCAAUCCCCUCGAGGUUUGUAGUGUUCAGUGGUGACUUUGUAGCCCAUCAGCUUUUCUCCUGUCCUUUUCAUCUAGUAGUCGCACAAGGAGAUUGAAGCUGGAGGGAAAGGGGGGACUGGUUUGUGUUCAGAGGCCAGUAUGUCCACUAGGUGGUGCUCACUUCUGACCAUCAGCCAUAAGUAUGGAGAUGAUUUCUGAAGUACAUGUACAUUUAUUUAUGUUGUUCUUUGCACAGCCAUUAUCCCUAACAGAAGAUUUUUAUGGUUUACCGAUGCAACAGAUUAUUUACAUGUAAUAUUUAUUGUUUUCAUUGGUAUUUAUUGGCUAUCCCUUUUGCCUUAAUGAUGUUUUACUGAUACU